UUUCUUUUUGCUUUUGCAACACUCGCGCUUAACCGAGCUCUUCUCUCCAGCCUGCGUUUCCCCGCCACCGAUCGCAACCCGAAAGCAACCCACCACCACUGAUCGAAAAAUGGUAACCAAACCCCGUCUAAAACACAUCUCCCACAGCUACCCGAUCCUCUACGGCUCGCACGCGACGCUGCUCAAACCCUCGGAAAAGCGCAACGACCCGACACACACGCACAAAUGGACCGUCUACGUGCGGCCGCUGAACGCCGCCGACGACUACACGCACAUCAUCAAAUCCGUCCGCUUCAAGCUCCACGAAUCAUUCAAGCCGCCGCAGAGAGUCAUCGACUCCGGCCCGCCGUGGGAGGUGCACGAGACCGGGUGGGGCGAGUUCGAUAUCCCGAUAAGGAUCACGAUGGUCGAUACCGUUGAGAAGGGGGUUGUGGCCCUCGUGCAUACGCUGCAGCUGUACCCCAAGGACGAUGCCUCCGGGACCACCAACGCAUCCUCAUCGUCAACGGCGACAUCGAAGUCCGUGGUGUCCGAACACUACGACGAGCUGGUGUUCAACGAGCCGACCGAGGACGCGCACCGGAUCCUGCGCGCGCAGCCGGCGAGCGGGGUGCCGAAGCGGGUGGGGCAUUCUGGCGCGCAUGGGUAUACGACGGGGGUGGAGGCGGAGGAGGUGCGGCGGUUGAGGGAGGCGAAUGGGAAGGUUUUGGGCGAGCUGGAGAGGGAGAGGGAGAGGUUGGUGAAGGCGGAGGAGGAGGUGGAGAGGUUGAAGGCGCUGUUGGGGGAGGAUUGAGGGUAAGGGAGGUGAUGUGUAAAUUCCGGGGGAUGGUGGAUGGCGUUGUUGGCAGGGCCGCUAUGCUUGUUGUUUUUGGAGCGUCGGUCUGCGCCUGAGGAAGCUUCGAUGAAAGCAUGUAUAUAUAUAUAGAAUACCCAUUUCCAAACGCCCUCACAAUCGAUAUCGAAGUGACUUUU